GAGGCAAACAUUCUCAGAUAAGCCACGCCCAUCCUUCUCUCAGUGAUCUGUAGCUCAAGAAUCAAAAGACACCAACGCCAUCUCCGCCUCUCAAUUUCCCCUCCGUCCCCUUCUCCGCCAGUCACCAUUUCCCGGCUCCGAUUUGCCUUAACUCACCGGACUCCGGCCAGUUCUUGGACUUGUAGGAAAUAGCCAGAGCUUUCACUAGGGCCCUUGACGCUGCAGGACACCGUUAAUACAUUCUUUGAAUGCAAGAUUCGUGAAGGAUGGGAGAAGCAGUGGGCAUGGGCUUUCAGUUGGGCGUCAUUGGAGCAUUGUUUCUGUCGGUUGCAUCGUCAGUCUCCAUUGUUAUUUGCAACAAAGCAUUGAUGAGCAAUCUGGGUUUCCCUUUUGCGACGACGCUCACCAGCUGGCACCUAAUGGUGACAUUCUGCACUCUUCAUGUGGCGCAACGGUUCAACCUAUUUGAAACAAAGUCAAUUGACAUGAAGACGGUGGUGCUAUUUGGAAUUCUAAAUGGUGUCUCCAUUGGACUCCUCAACUUAAGCCUAGGGUUCAAUUCAAUUGGUUUCUACCAGAUGACCAAACUUGCAAUCAUACCCUUCACUGUAUUAUUGGAAACUGUUUUCCUGAAAAAGCAAUUCAGCAAGAAGAUAAAGUUCUCGCUCUUCAUCUUACUCAUUGGAGUUGGCAUUGCCUCUAUAACUGAUCUCCAGCUCAACUUUGUUGGGACAAUUCUGUCUCUUCUGGCUAUUGCAACAACCUGUGUCGGUCAAAUUCUGACAAACACAAUCCAGAAGAGGCUAAACGUCUCUUCGACGCAGCUGCUCUACCAUUCUGCUCCAUUCCAAGCAGCCAUUCUUUUUGUCUCAGGCCCUCUGGUGGAUCAAUGCCUCACCAAGCAAAAUGUCUUUGCUUACAAAUACUCUACCAUCGUCUUGGUUUUCAUUAUCCUUUCAUGUGUGAUUUCUGUCUCGGUGAACUUUAGCACAUUUCUAGUGAUUGGGAAGACAUCUCCAGUUACUUAUCAGGUUCUGGGCCAUCUAAAGACAUGCCUGGUUCUUGCAUUUGGCUAUACACUCCUACAUGACCCUUUCACAAACAGGAACAUCAUUGGCAUUCUAAUCGCCAUUUUUGGGAUGGGCUUGUAUUCAUAUUUUUGCACCCAUGAGAAUAAGAAGAAACAAUCCAGUGACCUAUCAGGAUCUCAGAUUAAAGAGAAGGAGACUACACCACUAUUGGCUGGGAAGAAUAUGGGACACCAAGAAAAAGAAAGUCAUGAGGUUAAGAAAUCAACCAAGGACUCUCUUGUUUAAUGAAGUAAUAGGAUUCUGUGAUAUUUGUUGGUUGUAUUAAAAUGAUCUUCUUUAAGAGACAUUUUGACGAGUGUAAAUCACUUUGAUUCUUUAAUAAACACCAUCCCUCUUCAAUUCA